GCGGCCGCCGUAGGGCCCCGCCCGCGCGGGGCGGAGCGGCCGCGGUGCCACGUCCCGACGGGCGCGGAGCGGCAGCGGCGCGGCCCGGCCAUGGGCGCCUCGCAGAGCAUCGACAUCCCCGGCGGCGGCACCGAGGGCUACCACGUCCUGCGGGUACAAGAAAACUCACCGGGGCAUAGAGCUGGAUUGGAGCCAUUCUUUGAUUUUAUUGUGUCCAUUAACGGUUCAAGAUUGAAUAAAGACAAUGACACUCUCAAAGACCUGUUGAAAGCAAAUGUUGAAAAACCUGUAAAAAUGCUCGUGUACAGUAGCAAAACACUGGAACUGAGAGAAACAUCAGUGACCCCCAGCAAUAUGUGGGGUGGGCAGGGCCUUCUGGGAGUGAGCAUUCGUUUCUGCAGCUUUGAUGGGGCCAAUGAAAAUGUCUGGCAUGUCUUGGAAGUGGAGCCAAAUUCUCCUGCUGCAUUAGCUGGACUUAGACCUCAUAGUGACUAUAUCAUUGGAGCAGAUACCGUCAUGAAUGAGUCUGAAGAUCUCUUUUCCCUUAUUGAAACACAUGAAGCAAAGCCAUUAAAACUUUAUGUGUACAACACAGACACAGAUAAUUGUCGAGAAGUGGUGAUUACUCCAAAUUCUGCCUGGGGUGGAGAAGGCAGCCUAGGAUGUGGCAUUGGCUAUGGAUAUUUGCAUAGGAUACCUACACGCCCAUUUGAAGAGGGAAAGAAAAUUUCUCUCCCAGGACAGUUGCCUAGUGCAUCUCUCAGUCCCCUCAAAGAUGGCUUCACAGAGGUUCAGCUGUCACCAGUUAAUCCCUCAGCCACCCUCCCUCCUGGGUCAGCAGGCCUUGAGCAGAGUCUUUCAGGACUUUCUAUUAGUUCACCCUCAACUACUGUCAGUAAUGUUCUCAGCACAGGUGUUCCAACAGUUCCAUUAUUACCACCACAAGUCAGUCAGUCCCCUACCUGUGUGCCACCAGUUAACCCAGCAACUACACUACCAGGUCUGAUGCCAUUACCAACAGGGCUUCCUAACCUGGCUGAUCUGUCCAAACUUAAUUUACCUGCACCACAGAUUGUUCCAGAAAUCAUACAGCCUGGUUUGCCACCCCUUCCUUCCUUGCCGCCUCUGAAUCUAAUGGGAAUGACACCUCCAGCAAUGCCACCCAAGUGUGUCCCGGUGCUUCCUUUGGUCACAGAGGCAUCUGCAGUGCCUACAGAUUUGCUUCCCUCUAUCAGUCAAGCCGGAAGCUUUUUCAUCAACCCUGGCACUACUGUAAAUGUAGAACAGACCUCUACGCUCACCUUGGAUAGCGCUGCUCCAACUUCUGUGGCAACUAUUGUUGACAGAUCAAAUGAAUCCUCCACAGCUAAUGAGAAAACAACUGGAGUCACAGAUACACAAGCUUCUGAAUCGUAACUCCAGAUCACUCUGUUGGAUUGGCUUGGUAUUUAUUUAGCCAUGGGAUACAUAUUUGAAAAGCAAGCUGUCAUUAAUUUCAUACUAGUUUGUACUUAAUCUUUAGGAGUCCUGUAAAUAAUAUGGAGGUAUAAUAAAAAUAAAAGGGGAUUUAUAAAGUGUGGGAGGGGAGGAAGAGUACUUGUAUGUUACCAAAAAAAAAAAAAGUCAGGGUGGUAAAUAGAAUUCCACUGCCAAACUCGGAGGUUUAUGUUUUUAUUAUAGGCUGACAGCCUUAUCCUGCUAGGCUUGUCCUUCCUUAUAAUUAGCAAUUUUUGCUUCUGAUAGAAAUGAAGCGGGUCUUGCGUGUGACAUUUACGUACCAUAGUUCUUGUUCUUUGCAAAUAUCUUGUUACUACAGUGGGAUGAGAAUGUUUAGUCUGAGUUGUAAAUUUUAACGCUGCAAAACUUCCACCUAAAGAUAUUUCUAUUAAAGUUGCUGAGUGACCUGUUAACUGACAUCUCGUUAUUCAGCUUGUACACAAAUUUUUGUCUUUAAGCACCUGAGAGAUGCUUAAGCCAUGUUUUGUGACUGCUGCUGCGUUGUUUCAUAUGCCCACUGUAAAAUGGCAUUUGGAAGGGAAUACAUGGAAUGUUAAAUGUAGCACACAGAAGGCACUUCAUGACUACUGUAAGAUGAAUUAAUGGAUUAAGCAUACAUACAGCAAUAAAUUCCUGGAAUUUUA